GGCCCUCGGCGCCUGGCUCACCUGGCUCCGACUCCUCCGACUUCUCCUCCGCCUCGUCGGUGUCCUCCUGCGGGGCGGUGGAGUCCCGGCCGAGAGGCGGCGCGCGUGCUGAGCGGCUGCAAGGUAGCCACCGGCCCGGGUAGGGGAGGCCCCUGGAUGCCAUUCUGCGCGCGGCCCACCGGCAGGGAGGGGAGUCUGAGCCGCCCAGAUGCAAGUACCAAGGCCAGAUGUUGGGUGGCCUCUGCGUCUACCUUAGCGGCGUUCAUAAUCACGCUAGACGCCAUUAUUAGGCGACCACUGGAUGCCUUGCCCUGCGCUGGGGGUUUCAUGUCGUUCGAUGUCGUUUGACCGUCUGUGAAAUCUGGGUGCCGUCCAGCUGACCCGCUGAGCCCCAUAUGGGGGUUGGAAGGCAGCAGAGAGGACCCUUUCAAGGUGUUCGUGUGAAGAACUCAGUGAAGGAACUCCUGUUGCACAUCCGAAGUCAUAAACAAAAGGCUUCCGGACAAACCAUUGAUGAUUUUAAGACACAAGGUGUGAACAGAGAGCAAUUCACAGAAUUGAAGAACACAGUAUCGUAUACUGGGAAAAGGAAAGGUCCUGAUUCAUUGUCCGAUGGACCAGCUUGUAAAAGAUCAGCAUUGUUACAUACCCAAUUUUUGACACCACCUCAAACACCCACACCUGCAGAGAGCAUGGAAGAUGUCCAUCACAAUGAAUCCAAACAGGACAGCAGUGCUGACCUGCUUCAGAACAUCAUCAACAUUAAGAAUGAAUGCAGCCCGGUUUCCCUGAACACUGUCCAAGUUAGCUGGAUGAGCCCUGUGGGGGUCCCUCAGGGCUCCCCCCACGAGCAGUGUCAGGACUUCCACGGAGGGCAGGUCUUCUCUCCACCUCAGAAAUACCAGCCCUUCCAAGUCAGUGGCUCCCCACACAUGAUGGAUCAGGCUUCCAUGUACCAGUAUUCUCCACAGAACCAGAAUGUGCAGCCGCAGCCGCUGCCGCCGCCUCCACACUACACCCACAACUCAGCUCUGGAAUACAGUCCUUAUUCCAGAACUUCCCUGUCCCCCACCUAUGAACCAAACAUCUUUGACAGUCAGGAAUCACAGUACUGCCUGAACCAAAGUUUUGCAUCCCUUCUAAAUGAUCCCAGAGAAUCUGAGAAUACUGCUGUACCCCCUCAGACUUCCCCCAGUGUUCAGCAACAAACUGAUGCCCACGUGCAAAACUUCAACCUGAUGUCACACCAGGCAUGUGAGGCCCUGGUGCAUGACGCAGGCCCUGCCCCUCUAAGCACCUCACGGCAGUUGCAGGAUAUUGUCGGAAAUGCAAUGAGCACCACACAGUUAGGGAAGUCAUUUUUUCAGUGGCAAGUGGAGCAGGAAGAAAGCAAAUUGGCAAAUAUCUCCCAAGACCAGUUUCUCUCAAAGGAUGCAGAUGGUGACACGUUCCUCCAUAUUGCCGUUGCCCAAGGGAGAAGGGCACUUUCCUAUGUCCUUGCAAGAAAGAUGAAUGCGCUUCACAUGCUGGAUAUUAAAGAGCACAAUGGACAGAGUGCCUUUCAGGUGGCAGUGGCUGCCAAUCAGCACCUCAUUGUGCAGGAUCUGGUGAACCUUGGGGCCCAGGUGAAUACCACUGACUGCUGGGGAAGAACCCCUCUGCAUGUUUGUGCAGAGAAGGGCCACUCCCAGGUGCUUCAGGCAAUUCAGAAGGGAGCCGUGAGGAGCAAUCAGUUCGUGGAUCUUGAGGCAACUAACUAUGAUGGCCUGACUCCUCUACACUGUGCAGUUAUGGCACACAACGCUGUGGUGCAUGAACUCCAGAGAAAUCAACAGCCCCAUUCACCUGAAGUUCAGGAACUUUUACUGAAAAAUAAGAGUCUAGUUGAUACAAUUAAGGGUUUGAUUCAAAUGGGAGCUGCAGUGGAAGCUAAGGAUCGUAAAAGUGGCCGCACAGCCCUGCAUUUGGCAGCUGAAGAAGCGAAUCUGGAACUCAUUCGCCUCUUUUUGGAACUGCCCAGUUGCCUGUCUUUUGUGAAUGCAAAGGCUUACAAUGGAAACACCGCCCUCCAUGUUGCUGCCAGCCUGCAGUAUCGGGUGACACAGUUGGAUGCAGUCCGCCUGUUGAUGAGGAAGGGAGCAGACCCAAGUACUCGGAACCUGGAGAACGAGCAGCCAGUGCAUUUGGUUCCUGAUGGCCCUGUGGGAGAACAGGUGAGAGCCGCAGAUGUGAGGAGAGAUACUGUCAGGCACUGGUCCGGGCGUAAGGGGCCGAGGCCAGUGGGUGCUUUUCAGGUGGGCUCCAUCAGUGCCUGGAUCUCACAGUGGUCACUGUAGUCCUUUGGAGUUGAUUGCUUCAUUUCCAGAGGAAGAGUAAGAAAUUUGAGGGUUUAUCCAAAUAGUCAAAAGUCAGGUAGUCUUUCCUUUUCCUCCAUGACACAUACUGGAGUUUGGGGUAAGUCAGAAUGGGUUGAAGUUUGGAAAUUAAUGAAAGAGGAGAUAGUAAGUCUCCUGCAAGGAAAGAGAAUCUUAGUUUUUUGAGUAAGUGGUGAGCCUUCAACUAUUGUGGGUGUUAAAUGAGUCAGUAUCCGUGUUCGGAAUAGUCCCAGGCACAUAGUGAGUGCGCAGUAUGUAUCAGCUGUUAACAAUGAUAUCUAUUAGUAAGUGAUCCUAAAUAAAAAAUGGAAAGAUUAAUUAUGUAAUGUUGAACCUGGAAACAUUUUAUACUUUAAAUAAAAUUCUGCUCUACUCAAGAUAUAUAGUUAUAUAUGCUGGGGUUGAACAGUUCAUGUGACUAAACAUUUCUUGAUGAUAAGAAUGGAAUCUUUUAAGAACAUAAAAUAUUUUUGAUGAGACUCUUUCCCUGGAGGAAAUGAGGGUGAUUAUGGCUGUGAGUCAUUACAUACUUUAAUAAUCACAAAAUAAAAUAUAUGGAAUGCAAGUUAACCUUUCCUCUGAUUUUCAGCCCUCAUUAUGACCAUAGCAUUACAGUAACUCAUUAUCGGUAGAGCUCUUCUUAGCUUAAAAUGAAUCUGUUGAUACUUUUGUAGAAUGUUCCUAUGUAUUACGCCACCUGAUAGUUAUGAGAACUUUGCAGUGUAAAGGUUCAGCUGGGAAGAUUGAGACUCAGAGUGGUUGCAGGGUUAGGAACCAUUAUUAAAUAGUAAAUGGCAGAGUCCCAUGCCCAGUGUUCACUUCUGCUCCACUGUGUGUGGUGUGCUAUCAUAGAGCCAUGUUCCCAGGGAUUGUUGAGUGUGGAGAGCUGUUUAACUCCUACUAAAUAUUCUUUCUAUUUUCAUGUCUCUGCGAGCGCAUGCGCGUUUGUGUGUGUGUGUGUGGGGGGGCACGUUUCCUUUGCCUGUAUUGUCAGACUGGUCACUGUGUCUCCCCUACUGUUGCAUCCCCUACUCCAGUCUUCUUUCUUCAAAUUUGUUGCUUCUAAUCUGCUGUGGGCUGAGAGACAGAUCAUACAGUUUGUCAGACUGGGGUAUAAAAUCAAUUACUAGACUCUGAAUGAGCCUGGGGACUUUCCUGUGACCCAUACAAUACAGCACAGCUGUUUCAGUUCUUGGAGAUCAUGACAACUAUCUUGACACAAAGGACAUUGUAGAUUUACUUGUGUGUAUAAGGUGGGCUUAGGAUUCUUGGUUGAGGCUGACUUUGAGGUGAGAUAUUAUAAUAACCAUAAUUACUGCCUUGUAUUAAAUGUUCUCACAAAUAGCAGGACUAAAGAUUAGGAAAAGAAUAUAGGUCUUAGUUAAAUGGCUAGAGUUUCAACUUCAGAUCAUUUUUAAUGGAGAUGCUUUACUUUCUUAGACUCAAUCAUUAUAGGAGAUCUGUAAUACACUUUAAAAGAAUUGUAUUUUUUGUCACCUAAAAAUCUUGACGCAUAUUAUUGCAUAUUUUCUUCAUAUACUUAUUUAUAGGUAGAUAGGAAUGGUGGUAGUGUGUGUAAGAAAGGAAAGAAACUCUGAAGAUGUGAUGCUUUGAUUGUCAAAAAGAAACCUGACAAAUCCUGUUGGUUUCCUUUCCAGAUCCGACGUAUCCUGAAGGGAAAGUCCAUUCAGCAGAGAGCUCCACCAUAUUAGCUCCAUUGACUUGGAGCUGGCAAUACUCACUGUCAGUUAGGCAGUCCUAAUGUAUCUGUACAUAGACCAUUUGCUCUGUAUUGGCAAAUGUAAGUUGUUUCUAUGAAACAAACAUAUUUAGUUCACUAUUAUAUAGUGGGUUAUGUUAAAAGAAAAGGAGAAAAAUAUCUACUUCCUCUUGGCAGAUUUUAAUAUUUCAUACCCAGGUAUCUGGGAUCUAGACAUCUGAAUUUAAUCUGAAUGUUAAAUUGACUUCAAUUAACAGUAGAUUUUGGGUAGGAAAAGGCUUGAUUUGUGGCAUAAGGCAUUGCUCUUGUAGCUAUUGCCAGUUUAAAAGGAGGUAGGUAAAUUGUAAACUUUUUUUUAAAAGAAAAAUGAAAGGAUUUGAGAGAAAGUAAAACUAGAUGUAGUAUUGAGGCUUUGUUUGGACAGGCGGUACCUGAUAGUUAUUGGGUGUUGGAAAGUCUGUAGUCAUUGGGUUGGGUGAAAGGUACCAUAAUCUUUGCAAAUUGUAUAUAAUUGUUAUUUUUGUCUUUUAAAAUAUUUGUACAUAUAUGGUCAUUGACAUGGCCACAUUCGAAGUGUGUAAAUCAAUAAAAUAGAAAAGAACAAGUGGAUUUUCACUAUUUUAAAAUAUUAUAUGCAUUAGAGGGGCUGCGUAAUCACCCAGCUACCAUCGCUGUCAGCAAAACAGAUGGAGGGAGAGUUGUUCCCGUAGUGGCUGGCAGAGCUCUGUUUAAAUUGUAAAUAUGCUUUUUCUCAUGCUUUGAGACAAGACACAUUAUUUGUAGGGAAUCACAUGCUGUUAAAGAAAACUCCUCUUUAUGACUCACUUUCUAGAAUUUAUGAUUUAACUUGCUGUGUUGGAAUUUUUGCUUUACCAUUAUAGGAACAACAAAAGUUAAUACGGAAACAUGCUUUGCUGGUUUUCUGUUGUCAAGUAAUGAUAAUGCACCAUGAUGUUUUAUAUUACCAUUCAGAAAAAAAAUGCCUUAUUUUUUGUUAACUUUAUUUCUGUUAAUAAUAUUUUGCUUGCCUCUGGCAUGUCCCAAGGAAUGUAUUUGGUUUUGAUUACACAUUAAUUCUUUGUAAUAAAUUUGAUUCAUGGAAAAGCUUUCUAUUUUUUUAAAAUGUCUCAUAAGCAGUUGAUUGACUAAUCAUCUUUGUAGCUAAGCCCUUAAAUCCUUUAACAAAAGAUAACCUUUGGAUUGAUCACAUUGUUUGACCUAGUAUGUCUUGUGGACAAAAGUUAGUUAUAGUUAUUUGGUAUCUGAAAGUAUGUCUGUGAUGUGAAUCUGUCCAUUGACACUCAUGGAAAAACUCAUGAAUCGUUUUAAAUAAACAUUAAUUCAAUGAUGCUAUUCUU